AUGACGCAAAAUAACCGAAAUGAUCAGGUCUUGAAAGCAGAACGUGCCCUUCAUGACCAAUACAACCUCCUACCUCGGGCACAGCUGGUAUCCUGCUUGGGAAUCCUCUCCUUCUGCAUGCUGAUCAGUUUCAUCGACCAGAACGGAAUCAGUAUCACUCAACCUACGAUCGCCAAGGAUCUUGAUGCGUCGGCAACAAUUUCUUGGGCGGGCACCUCGUCGUUAAUCGCAAAUACCACCUUCCAGAUGCUAUAUGGUCGUCUAUCCGACAUAUUUGGACGAAAGGCAGUCUUUCUCGGGGCCGUUGCGUUGCUAGCCAUUGCAGACCUACUAUGUGGCCUGUCACAAAAUCCUGCCAUGUUCUAUGUGUUUCGAGGCGUGUCUGGAAUCGGUAGCGGCGGUAUCGCCAACAUCGCCAUGAUCAUCGUCAGUGAUGUGGUCACCCUCGAGGAGAGAGGCAAAUAUCAGGGGAUCUUCGGCACUAUGGUAGGCCUAGGAAACCUCAUAGGACCUUUUCUUGCCGCUGCUUUCAUCAAGCGUUCAACUUGGAGAGGUUUUUUCUAUAUGCUGGCACCCCUUGGCGCCAUUGCAGGGGUGAUUUCAUAUUUGUUUCUGCCGAACAAGCCACCUACAGCGACCAUUAAGGAAAGUGCAGCAAGGAUUGACUACGGAGGUUCCUUCACAAUAUCCCUCGGGAUCAUUCUUCUGCUCAUCCCGAUUUCUGGAGGCGGCGCCUACUUUGACUGGAACUCGCCAAUGGUCAUCAGCAUGCUUACGAUUGGGUCCCUCUCUUGUCUUCUCUUCCUGCUCAUAGAAUGGAAAAUUGCCAAGCUACCAAUGAUGCCUGUGACAAUAUUCGCAAACAAGGAAGUUGUGAUCUUAUUGAUCCAUUCCUUUCUCUUCGGCGCCGUGUAUCAGUCGUACAUUUAUUAUCUCCCCCUCUACCUACUAAACGCCCGUCAAUUCGAAGUACUCGAGGCGGCAGCAAUAUCAACCGCCUUGUUCACCUUUCAAGCUGUAUUUUCUACACUUGGUGGCCUAUACAUAUCUCACUUUAAUCGUUAUGGUGAGGUGAUCUGGUUCGGGUUCGCCACCUGGACACUGUAG